AUGGUUCGCAUGCCCGUUCCUGGAAAGGUCCUAUCCCAGUCGGCUCUGCCAUACCACCGCAGCAUCCCCAUCUGGCUGAAGUUGACAUCUGUCGAUGUGAAGGAGCAAAUCUACAAGAAGGGCCUGACUCCCUCACAAAUCAAUGUGAUCUUGAGAGAUUCACGUGGCAUAGCACAAGCACGCUUUGUGACAGACAAUAGAAUCUUGAGAAUUCUUAAGUCCAAAAGACUUGCUCCUGAUCUUUUUGAGGAUCUCUACCAUUUAAUUAAGAAAGCUGUUGCUGUUCAAAAGCAUCUUGAGAGGAACAGAAAGGAUAAGGAUGCUAAAUUCUGUCUGGUUUUGAUUGAGAGCCAUAUUCACCGAUUGACUCAAUAUUACAGACCAAAAGAAUACCCCCCACCCCAAUUGGAAAUAUGA